AUGGUUAUCGUCCAGCCCAACACCCAGAUUAAGUUGACCAACGUCUCUAUCGUUCGGUACCGCAAGGGCGGCAAGAGAUUCGAGAUUGCCUGCUACAAGAACAAGGUCAUGGAAUGGAGAAGUGGCGUUGAAAAGGAUCUUGGAGAGGUGAUGCAGAUUGACAAUGUGUUUCUGAACGUCUCAAAAGGGCAGGCGGCCAAUAAGGAAGAUCUUAUGAAGUGUUUCAAGACAGAAGACCGCAACGCCAUUAUCCUUGAGAUCUUGAAGAAGGGAGAAUUGCAGGUCGGAGAAAAGGAGCGCGCAUCGAUGUUGGAGGGCAUGUACCGUGAUAUUGCCACAACCGUCGCCGAGAAGUGCGUCAACCCCGAGACCAAACGCCCCUAUACCGUCACAAUGAUCGAAAAGGCCAUGGCUGAUCUUCACUUGUCCGUCAACCCCUCUCGUUCAGCGAAGUCCCAGGCAUUGGAUGUGAUCAAGCAGUUGUUGGAGAAGAAGACUAUCCCCAUUGCCAGAGCUCAGAUGCGAAUCAGGAUCGUGGUUCCCUCGAAGGAUGGAAAGAGGAUAAAGGACAAGUUGAUGACCAUGAUUGCAUCCAAGGAGGAUGAGGAUCUGGACGAGAACUACGAAUGGACGUGCUUGAUUGACCCAGGACAGUUCAGACCCAUCAACGAGUUGCUUCAGUCAGAGACAAAGGGCAAGGGACAGCUCGAGAUGUUGAGUUUGACCGAGACCAAACAAGGAGACGAAGUGUUCUAA